AUGAAGCAGGAGCUGGAGGAGGAGGGCAGUCGCUGUUUGCUUCUGUCCAAGCAGCACAAGUUCAACGAGCACUGCUGCUUCUGCUGCUUCUCUCCCUUUACCUUCCUGCUCAACCCCAAGCGCCCAUGUCUGGACUGCCACUACAACGUCUGCAAAUCUUGCCGCACCUACAAUCAGAGCGAGAGGGGCUACAUCUGCGCCACCUGCCAAAAGAGCAGGCUCUUAAGGACACAGUCACUAGAAUGGUUCUACAAUAAUGUGAAGAGUCGGUUUAAGAGAUUUGGCAGUGCCAAGGUGCUGAAGACCCUCUACAGGAAACACAUCAUUGAAAGAGGAAACAUCUCUGAGUUACCAGAGGUGAGUGCUCAUGAAGGCAGUAAUGAUAAUGGCAGUGUUUGUGAUGGCAGUGACUCCAUGCUCUACAGGCAGAGUGAAGGGCACUCGAUCCAUGACACACUCACCGUUGCUCUACGCGUGGCAGAAGAGGCGAUAGAGGAAGCCAUUGCUAAAGCUGAGAGCUACAGAGACAGUCUGGAGAAACAGAAUGAGGCUUGCUAUUUGCAUGACCACAAGGAAGAACUUAUAGAGGAACUUGCCACAACACUUGUUCAAAAAAUCAUUCAGAGGGGAAAAUGGUCUGAGAUUCAGGCUGAGUAUGAGUUUAUAUGGCCUCAGAGUAGUGAGCUACCUUCCCCUACCUCAACACAAAACACACACGUGACGCAGCAUUCACACACCACCUGUCAGCACGGCUCAGUAGCCCAGACCAACAUCAAUAAGAUGUCAAGAUCAGCGUUCUCUUUGACAAGUGACGAUUCUUCAGAGAAGGGCCCUGAGGUGGGCAUGGCCCCAGUGGUCCCGGAGAGCACUGAGGUAGAGACAGCUAUCCAGAACUACUCUUCACUCAGGAGGGAGUCCAGAGCAUCAUCACUUCCUGGGUGGAAGAGUGUUGACCGCCUGGACAACUCUAGUGCAUCUUCAGUCCUGCAGUCCCCUGAUGGUAACUGGAUCGCCCUGCAGAGCUCCCAGCAUUCCCGGCCCAGUCUGCUGACCAAGCGCAAGAGUCUUGUUUUCAGCGUGCUGGAGAAAGAAUCAGGUGUCGGAUCCACGUAUGACGAGAAGGGCUCUGAUUCAGAUCCAGAGGACCAGGGGGGCUGGGGGGCUGCCCUGUUACAGUUUCGCAGACGCCUCUCCGAUGAAACGUACUAUACUGACUCUCAACAUGACCCUGAAUGGACAUACACUCAACACCCACCCGUUACCUCACCCUCCUCAGGUCAGUACACCAACACUGAGACUCUGAACUCAGACUCUGAGACGUCUCCUGCCCCGUCCACUCAAACCUGCAGACCAGCCCACGGUAUGCCGCAGAGGAAGAAAGGACCAUCUGAUGCCCACCUGUAUCCUCCAUACAGACAUCCUGCAAACAGUGCCGCUUCGCCUCUACUGAGGCCAGAGGCACUGGAUGUAAACUUUAACCCCCGUCUGGAAGGGGACAGUAGUGAUGGGGAGGAGCGGAACGAGCAGGUCAAAAGAUCACCGAGGCGCAGAAAGAGCAAACGCGAGACAUCAGAGCACAGCCGAGCACAUUAUGCACUAUACAGCACUGCCACAGUGGAGAACAGUGCCGUCCUCCUCAACACCAUGAUGAUGCGGCAACAGAGCCAGGAUAACCCAGUCCCUCUGAAUUACCAGGCUCCAGACACUGUGACCCCUCCUGAUCUGUUGGCCUCUGACGCCAUGACACCUGAACCUGACUAUCAGAACACAGUGGCUCACAACUCCAGCGCCACUAGCCCACCAAUGCUGAGCCAACUGGCGGCCAGCAAACCAGAGUUCCGCAUUCAAGGCCCUUUGCUUAGGGGCUCCUCUGUUAAUGAAACCCUGGAACAGGAACUGAAAUCCAAACUCUGUGAGCUGGUUGGCCAAGUCAGCGAGAUGGAUGUGAUGUCAUCUGAUUUUGAGCCAAUCAGGGAAGUGGGCGACAAGCAAGAGGAUCAAGUAAGGGAGAAAGAACGUGAGAAAUUGAGACCAAAGGAGAGGCGCGAGAGCAAACAAGACAAGAGGGAAGAAAAGUCGAAGGAAACUGGGAAUCAGAGUGAAAGACAAACAGUUAGAGAGAUGGACACAAGUGAUGCAGUAAGACAGAUAAAUAUAGCGAGAGAAAUGAAGAGAGAUAGGGAGCGACAGAAAGAAAUUGAAAGCCAAGUAGAGAGAGAGCGAGAGAGACAAAGAGAGCUGGAGAAACAAAUCGAGAGGAACAGAGAAAGACAACGAGAGAUCGAGAUGCAGGUUGAGAGGAAACAGGAAAGACGGAGAGAAAUGGAGAAAGAGCUGAAACAAGAGCAAGAGAGACAAUCAGAGAUUGAGCGCGAGAUAGAAAAGAAGAGGAAAAGCAUACGCAUAGAAAAAGAGAAAUUAGAACCUAUAGUGAGUACGAAAUCCAAAGAGGAAGAGAAACAAGAAUCCUCAGGUAGACUAAUGGAGCGAAAUAAGAGUUUGAAGGAAGACUAUUAUAAAACAGAAAAGCUCAAUGAGGAAAAGGUGAAGAGAAUAUCACCGCAAAGAAGCCAACCCGAAACAGGGUCAGAAAAACAAGAACAAUGUGAGACAAAGACAACAAGGUCUUCAACCACAUCUCCAGACAGUGCCCCCUCUGGUCUGGAGGAGCCAAUGUCUCCAUCAGAGAAGUACUCUGCUGCAUCUUUAUGCAGCAUCACCACAGAGGUUCUGAAGGUCCUGAAUGCCACAGAAGAAUUACUUGGAGAGGCAGAAGGCAAAGGUCAUGACCCUUCUCUGGCUUGCACACCCAUGUCCUCAGGCCCAGGCAACAGGAAACUGGACCAACACCUCACUAAGAUGGAGGAAAAUGUGUAUUUGGCAGCAGGUGCUGUGUACAGCCUAGAGGAGGCGCUAAGUGACUUAGAAGAGUGUGCUCGCAGUAUCAGCAGCUCCACCACAGAGACUGAGCUAGCCUUUCUAGAAGAUCAGGUGGCCACUGCUGCCACCCAGGUGCAGCAGUCCGAGCUCCAGAUAUCAGAUAUUGAGGCAAGAAUAUCAGCCCUUAAAACAGCAGGUCUAAAUGUAUCUGCAUGCACAAGGUUUUCCAAGUACAAAUCCAAGCCUAUGCCCCAGACACUGGACUCUUCUCGCCAUCAGAGGAGAAAGCUGCCUGCUCCUCCUAUCAGAAGUCUGUCAUCAGUAAAGGAAGUCAAAGCCGAGCCACAGAUGAGAUCAAUGAGGCUGUGACAAGAGGCCAUGUAACCUCAGUGAUUCUCAGAUAAGCUGGAUGGCUCAAUAUCACUCUGCAGUGAAUGCUAGGACCAUCAGGCUGUUCCACACCAGUGCCUUGAUCCAACUUCCGGUCCUCCAGUUUGAUCAACACUAGUGCUACUUGUCGACCCUAAGCCUGAUCACAACCCAUGUAGGGUUAAUCUCACUUCUGAUCCCUAGAACUCUACCAAACCCUGGAGCUCAUCAUCUCCAGUAACCAGGGGACCCGAUUCUCUCUCUCUCUCUGCCUUAAUGGAGACCAAACUCCUACAACGAACCAUCACAGAGGCUUAUAAUUGUAAUUUAAACUCAUGUAAUUACUGUAUAGGUAAGAUAGCUGGACAAUGGUAAAUGUUAACAAUCUAGGACAUCACCUCAUUCUCUUUUUCUAAUGUUUUACUGAGUGUUGUACAUGUUUGAAUUUGUAAGCUGUAUGUCGGCAAUGUGACUGGGAUGACCAAUGUGAUCUGUUUUUGUUUUUUUUAUUGCAAAGAUAAGCUGGAGCACAUUUGGUAAAAAUUUUAACAUGAAAUGUCUAUGUGAAAGUAAACACAAAAUACCUGCAGGACCUGUUGUAUUUGCAUUGUCACUAUUAUUCUUAUAUGUGUCGCGAAUAUCUCAGGUUUUUUUUCCCGAUGAUCAUUUUUGGAGUUGUUUCUUUAAGGCGCUGUACUCAAAACUGCAUCUAAAAUAAUGGUGAAAUUCAUGAUUUAGUCUCUAUUUUGUUUUGUAAAAAAAAAAAAAAGAGUCAAGUGUCAUUGAAAAGCACUCAACCACCUUGCCAUAUAAUGAGUUUGUGAGUGUGUUUGCAUUAACCAUAACCUGUGUAUUCAUAUUUGUCUUUAAAUCAACCUCAGAUAUCCUGUGACCUCUUGAGUAUGAACAUCAAAUCACUGUCAUCUCAGUACGAAGCUCUCUGGUAAAUUGGGUUGUGGCCUUUUUUGACUUCUAAUUUCAUAUUUUAUUAAUUACCUUCUUUUAUUAAUCGAAACACCCAGUUGUUAUUCUCAGAGCACUGCUUUAGUACUACAACCCACCUAGAUAUCCAACUGGGUGUACAUACUUAAAAUGCUAAUUUUGGACAUUCAGUCUACAUCUAAAUUCAAUCUAAAACAAUCUGAAAUGUUUCUGUAAAAAUAUUGUAAAAAAUUUCUUCUUACACAUUUUUUUUUUCUUUAAGUUUGUUUUAGUUCAUGGA